CCCCAAUCACAUAGCUACAUCCAAGUGCAUAUACGAGUAUUGGGACGGGCACGAUGACUACGCAUAUGCCCAGGAAACCCUAUACAAAGGAAGAGCUUGAAAAGCUCUACCCCAAAGAACUCGAGCUGAAGCUGGUCCAGAUUCUGCUCCGACAUGGCGAGCGAACACCUGUAUCACCACGCUUCCAAAAUACGGGCCUGCCACCCUACUGGGCAUAUUGCAACUCCGCGAAACAAUUAGCGGGUGUUAUUAUGGGGACUGACUGGUCACAAUGGGACCAUCUCAAAUAUCGUCGGAGAAUAGAGACAUUUGGAGCAGACGAUGAACCAGUCGUUGCUGCUGGCCCCAAUGGCGAAUAUGACGCUGUAUGUCAACCAGGCGAACUCACCGACAGAGGACGAGAAACGACGCUAGCACUCGGCCAACGCCUUCGACAUCUCUAUGUCGACCAGCUAGGCUUCAUGCCCAAACUCAUCUCCGACAGUGACAUGAUCUACCUGCGAGCGACGCCCAUCAAGCGGGCUCUGGAGUCGGUUCAACAGACCUUCUGGGGCCUCUACCCCCUCUCCGCCCGCACCGCCUCCUUCCCCGCCCCGACCAUCCUCACCCGCACGCCCGCCGACGAAACCCUCUUCCCCAACGACGGCAACUGCCGACGCUUCGCGCACCUCUCGCGGGCCUUCGCCCAACGCGCCGCCACCCGCUGGAACGACACCGACGACAUGGCGUACCUGUCCCAACUGUGGUCGCGCUGGAUGCCGGGCCAGGCCAAAGUGGCCGUGGACUCGCACCCGCGGCUCAGCGGCAUCAUGGACACGAUCAACGCGACGGACGCGCAUGGAGGGGAUACCAAACUGCCCCGGGAAUUCUACGACGAGCGCGCUAGGGACAUCAUCGAUAGGAUUGCCGUCGAGGAGUGGUUUGCCGGGUAUCAGGAGUCUGCUGAGUAUCGCGCGCUGGGUAUUGGGGCUUUGAUGGGGGAUAUCGUGAGUAGGAUGGCGGGGAAGGCGGAGAGGUAUAGCUCGGCUGGGAUCGAGGAGGUGGGUGGGGAGGAUAGAGGAGGAGGAGAGGAGGUGGGGAGGGGCAGGGGCAGGGGAAGGGGGGGAGAGGUGGAUAUCAAGUUUGCCAUGAGUGGUUGUCAUGAUACGACGCUUGCGGGCGUGUUGACCAGUUUGGGCGCGUUCGAGGGCGAGAAGUGGCCUCCGUUUACGAGCCAUAUCGCGUUUGAACUCUUCCGGAAGAAAGACAACGAGAAAGCGAUCGAACCUGUCACACCGGUUGGACAGUUGGCGUCCAGCAAUGGGAAUCGCAACUUCGACGCUACGAAUCCCGGGUGGUGGGCAGCUCUUUUCGGAGGCUGGGGAAAUGACAAAAAGAACGGGGAGACGAAACCGCAGUCGUUGACAGCAUCGAAGGAGUUCAUAGGCCGCAAGGCCAUGAAUGAGCUUUCGGACAAGCAGAGACGGGAACUCGAGGGGUAUUAUGUACGAAUUCGGUAUAAUGACCGCGUGAUGCAGGUUCCUGGGUGUAGAGUGGAGGGGAACCAUCUCGAGGGGGAUACAACGUUUUGCACGCUGGAAGCGUUCAAAUCCAUCGUCGACAAGUACGUCCCCAAGAACUGGAAGCACGCCUGCGCCUCCAACUUCGAUGCUCCCGAUUUUCCAGAGAAGCCUGAACCCGCCGGUUACUAGUAGGUCGAAAUGCUUUCUCAUAGAUCAGGUGCCAGUAAUCAUGUGUUGCUCUUGGGUGUAAUUAAUUAAACAACAACGAGAAUAUCGGACAUGGUGCCAUGUAACCGCGAAUCCAUCAUAGCUGC